AUGUUUGAGAAGACACCGGAUACUACCAAGCUAGCACGGCUAGGUGCUGAGUAUGCGUACGACGAAAGGAGAUGCCCAAUCGGAGGUGGUGACACGACUGUGGUGCGGGAUUCCGACCCAAAGAGCAAAGUGGUGCCGAUUGUUCUGAUCCAUGCUUUGGCGUUGGAUAGGAGGAUGUGGGAUGAUGUGUUUGAUCGGCUUGUUGCCGGUGGUGGCGGCGGCGGCGGCGACGGUGAUGGUAAUGCGAGAGAUGAUGUGCGGAUGCGGAUGCGGGUUAUAUCGUAUGAUCUCCGUGGUCAUGGGGAGGCUGCGGAUGCGGCUGCGGUUGCGACGAGCGGUCAGGCUGAUGUUCAGGCUCCGGUAAAGGACUUGGAACACCUUGCGGAUGACUUGCGUGUGCUGCUGGACGAUUGCGGCGUGCAACAGGCCGACAUUCACGGCCAAUCGUACGGAGGCGCCGUGGCGCAGUACUUUGCGCUCAAGUAUCCGGAGCGCACGCGCAGUUUGGGUCUGAUCACGACGGCCGGGCAGAGUCAGGCGUCGUGGGUGAGCAGGGCGACUAGGGCGGAAGAGGCCCGGUCCGUGAAGCCGUUGAUGGACGAGACUUUGGCGAGAUGGUUCUCGGCCGAAGUGAUCGCCAGAGACGACGAGGGUGUGCGGUAUGCUAGGAGUUGCUUGGAGAGGAUCGGUGUGAAGAACUGGGCCGCCGCGUGGAGGGCGAUGAGUGGGCUGAAUACGCUGGACAAGCUGGACAAGCUGAAGGACCUCUCGAGGGGUUUCAAGGGUCCUGUGCUCAUCGUUUGUGGAACGCAGGAUGCGAGUACGGGGCCGGAGCAUAUGAGGAGGUUGAGGGAUGCCUGGGAGGCGUGCUGCUCACAAGGAACAGGAACAGGAACAGAGGUGGGAGUGGUACAGUACAAGGAGUUGGAUCCGGGGGUGCAUAUGAUGGCGCUGGAGCAGGGUGAGGCUUUGGCCAAGGAGAUCCUCGAGUUUCGGAGGUUUGUGGAUGGUAUGGACUAG